UAAUCUGAGGACAGAGCAAACUGAUCAUAUUAAAAAAAGAAUUACUAUGAGAUAAGAUAACAAUAAAAUUUAAUUGUAUUGAAGUGAACAAGAAAUUACGUUUAUAUGUUAGAUUCAUUCUGAUUGUGGCCAAGACAAGAUGUAUGGAUUUAUUUUGUUUUUUAUUUGUUCAUUGCUGGCAUGUGCAAUAUGCCAAUCUGUACCUCAUGUAUCAACCCCAUUAGGAAAAAUAGAAGGAUAUCUAGAUGAAACUGUAAAUGGCAAAAAAUUUUAUAGCUUCGAGGGAAUUCCAUAUGCUAGACCUCCCAUUGGAAAGUAUAGAUUCAGGGAAGCAAUUCCACCAAAACCAUGGGAGGGAGUUUGGAAGGCCAACACCAAAUACGAAUGUUUGCAAUACAAUCAUUUUCCACGGUUAGAAAGCGACCCCAUUGAUGGUACAGAAGAUUGUCUCUACGUCAACAUAUACACCCCUAACAUUCACGCUAAACUGGAUGUUAUUGUUUACAUACAUGGUGGCGCCUUCAUGUUUGGUUCCGGUGCUAAAUACCAACCUCAUAUACUCUUAGAUAGGAACGUGGUGUACGUAACCUUAAACUAUAGAUUGGGGCCAUUAGGGUUUUUGAGUACUGAAGACGACGUCUCCCCUGGUAACAAUGGCCUCAAAGACCAAAUACUUGCACUCAAAUGGAUAAAAGAGAAUAUACAGUUCUUUGGGGGUAAUCCAAACUCUAUCACCAUCUCCGGUAUGUCAGCUGGGGGUGCCAGUGUACAUUUUCACAUGUUGUCCCUUAAAUCCAGAGGUCUUUUUAAGGCUGGAAUAUCGAUGAGUGGUUGUAUGUUGAAUCCGUGGGUCUUAAUGGAAAAUCCUCUUGAGAGGGCGAUGGAGUUGGGUACGUUGGUAGGGUGUGAUGCUAAGAGCACUCAGUCUUUGGUUGAAUGUUUGAGAAAAAGGCCAGCCAAACAGAUUGUUGGUGCUGUGGGGAAGUUUCAGCCUUGGAAAUACAAUCCAUUCUCUCCAUUUGGAGCUGUUGUAGACGAAUGGUCCGCAGAUCCAGUAUUGCCAAAGCAUCCCCUACAGAUUCUUAUGGAGGGGGAUGGGUCAGACACUCCAUGGAUGAUAUCUCAUACUUCCAGUGAAGGCCUUUAUCCAGGAGCAGAUUUUUACCCUCAGGAAAAUCUUAAGUACAUAGACGAGCACUGGGAAGAUGUCUUACCCCAUAUACUGCACUUCAACUUCACAGUCGAUAAAUCGAAUAAAAAAUAUGUCAACGAUCGAAUAAGAGAAGAAUACUUAGGAUCACAGCCAAUAACACAGAAGAACUUCAACAAACUCAUCGAUGCACUUAGCGAUCGACUAUUCAAAGUUGAUAUCGACAAAUGCACACGACUUCAUGCAGCUGCCAUGGACUCUCCAGUCUAUCACUAUCUCUUCGAUUAUAGAGGGAAACAUAGCUGGACAGAAAUGAGGAGUGGCACCCAUGGCCAUAUCGGAGUUUCACAUGCAGAUGAUACAGUAUACGUACUGAAAACAGAGGUUGAUACUCUGUCAACUGAAGAAGAUCGGGCUAUUUCGAAGUUUUUGGUCGACACAUUUAUCAGUUUUGCUAAAAAUGGACAAACCACAGACGACGUAAAAUGGCCAGAAGUAUCCAAGAAUAAAGAUGAUCCCAUAAAAUAUAUCAGGAUUUCUUCUACUUUCUCUAUAGAAGAAGUUGAAGAAUUUGGGAAUCGCAACUUCUGGGAUUCUUUGCCUAUCAAUGAGAACGAGAGACUUUUAAGAGUUAGGGACGAACUCUAGAAUUUUGUGUUUUUUGUAAUAAAAUAUUUGUUACCUU